GGGCGCCGGGGGGGCGGGGCUCGUGGCCGCGGCGGCUUCCAAGAUGGCGGCGGGUGCGUGAGCGCGGCGGGUCAGUCAGUCAGUGAGGCCGGCGGCGGGGAGCAGGGCCGGGCGGGGGCCGCCCCGGGGCCGGCCGCCAUGAAGGGCAAGGAGCGCUCGCCGGCUAAAGCCAAGCGGUCGCGGGGCGGCGGCGAGGACUCGGCGUCCUCCUCCUCGUCGGCGCGGGGCGAGCGGAGCGGCAAGAAGCCGAGCGGCUCCGGCGGCUCCAACGGCAGCGGCGGGAAAGCGGCGGCGGCGGCGGCCUCCGCCGAGAGCAACAGCGGGAGCAGCCGGCGCGGCCCGCACCCGGACAAGGCCGGCCGCGCCGGCAGCCGCGAGUACGAGGCCGGGGCGGCGGCGGCGGGCGGCGGGGGCAGCCGGCACGGCUACAGCAGCAGCAGCAAAACCGCGGAGCCGUCGCGGAGCAGCAGCAGCCGCGGCGGUGGGGGUGAGUCCCGGGCGCCGGCGGCGGCCCCGUCCUCCUCCUCCUCCUCCUCGGAGCCGGGCGCCGGCGGGGAGUACAAGACGCUGAAGAUCAGCGAGCUGGGCUCGGUGCUGAGCGACGAGGCGGUGGAGGACGGGCUCUUCCACGAGUUCAAGCGCUUCGGCGACGUGAGCGUCAAAAUCAGCCGCCUCCCGCCGGGCACCGGCGCCGCCGACGAGCGCGUGGCCUUCGUCAACUUCCGCCGGCCUGAGGAUGCCCGCGCCGCCAAGCACGCCCGCGGCCGCCUCGUGCUCUAUGACCGCCCCCUCAAAAUUGAGGCCGUCUACGUGGGGGGCGGCGGGAGCAGCCGGCGGCGCAGCAGCCGUUCCCCGGCGCUGCUGGACAAGGAGUCCCCCUAUGGCACCACGGCCGUGGGGGUGGCGGCCGCGGCGGCCGCUGCUGUGCGGCACCCCCCGGCUGGGGCGACGCAGCGGGCCUUGUCGCCCGCUGGCAGCGGAGGAGCCCUCGGUUAUCGAGACUACCGGCUGCAGCAGCUCGCCCUGGGCCGCUUGCCGCCUCCGCCCCCUCUGCCCCGGGAGCUGGAGCGGGAGAGGGACUACGGAGGUUUCUACGAAGCGCGAGUGCGGCCGGCCUAUGGGCUGGAGCGCGUGGCCGGCGUGGCGGCUGCCGGGGGCUUCCGCGGAGGAGGAGGGGGUGCCGGAGCAGCUGGCGAGGAGGAGAUCAGCCCCGAGGAUGACCAGAGGGCCAACCGCACGUUGUUUCUGGGCAACCUGGACAUCACCGUGAGCGAGUCCGAUUUACGCCGAGCCUUUGACCGUUUCGGGGUCAUCACGGAGGUGGACAUCAAAAGGCCGGGCCGCGGGCAGACCAGCACGUAUGGUUUUCUUAAAUUUGAAAACCUGGACAUGGCGCACCGGGCCAAGUUGGCCAUGUCGGGAAAGGUGCUUCUGCGCAACCCCAUCAAGAUUGGGUAUGGUAAAGCCACUCCAACGACCAGGCUCUGGGUGGGUGGCCUCGGGCCCUGGGUGCCCCUUGCUGCCCUGGCCAGGGAAUUUGACCGUUUUGGCACCAUUCGCACUAUUGAUUACCGCAAGGGGGAUUCGUGGGCCUAUAUCCAGUACGAGAGCUUGGACGCGGCGCAGGCGGCGUGCACCCACAUGCGUGGCUUUCCCUUGGGUGGGCCCGACCGCCGCCUCCGCGUAGACUUUGCCGACACCGAGCAUCGGUACCAGCAGCCCUACCUGCAGCCUCUGGCGUUGCCGCCUCCUGCUCAUUACGAGCUGGUGGCGGAGGCUGCUGCGUUUGGGGCUCACCGGGGGGCCCCGCCAGAUCCUCUUCGGGGGGCCCGGGACAGGACACCACCGUUGCUCUAUAGAGACCGCGACAGAGACCUUUAUCCCGAGACAGAGUGGGUGCCUCCGCCACCCCCUGUGCGGGACAGGAGUAACCGGGCAGCUGCCUAUGACCCGCUGGAAAGCCUGGAGCGCCGUCGGGAUGGUUGGUCCUUGGAGCGGGACCGAGGGGAGAGGGAGUUGGGCAGUAGUAGUAGGGAUCAGCCUAGGAAACGGAGACUGGCGGAGGACGGAGGCCGGCACUUGGACCGUUCUCCGGACAGUGAGCGCUCGUCUUCGUCCCGAAAGCGUCACUGUUUGGCCACGACCUCUCCCCCAGACCGCAGCCCUGAGCUUGUUGGAGGGAGGGAGCGCUAUAGUAGCGACGCGGAGCGCUCCUCCCGUUUGCUCCUGUUGGAGCGGCCCUCGCCCAUCCGGGAGUCGCGCAGGGGAAGCCUAGAGCGAGGCCAGAAUGAGAAACGCGACCGCAAGAAUUCCGCGGAAAGGGAGCGGAAGCAUCGCGCUUCCGCGGCCGCCGCCGCGCAGGAGUGCAAAAGUCCAGCCAAAAAGGACGAACGCGCUACGGAGGGAGGCGGCGGAGGGUCGCGGCUCAAACCGCCGGCGCAGAAACAGCAGCAGGACGGAGCGUCGCAGGCCGGCGGAGCCCCCAAGCUGUGCUUGGCCUGGCAGGGGAUGCUUCUGCUGAAGAACAGCAACUUCCCGUCCAACAUGCACCUGCUUCAGGGGGACCUCAGCGUCGCCAGCAGCCUCCUCGUGGAGGGAGCAACUGGGGGGAAAGUAGCUCAGCUCAAGAUCACGCAACGUCUUCGUCUGGACCAGCCCAAGCUGGACGAGGUCACUCGUCGCAUCAAGGUGGCGGGUCCCAACGGGUAUGCCAUCCUUUUGGCCGUGCCUGGCACGUCAGACAGCCGCUCCUCCUCCGGAGCUAGCGAGGCUGCCACCACCUCCACGCAGAGGCCCCUCAGGAAUCUGGUGUCCUACCUAAAGCAAAAGCAGGCUGCUGGGGUGAUCAGCCUCCCUGUGGGGGGCAACAAAGACAAGGAGAACAGCGGGGUCCUGCACGCCUUUCCGCCCUGCGACUUCUCCCAGCAGUUCCUGGACUCCACGGCCAAGGCGCUGGCCAAAUCAGAGGACGACUAUCUGGUCAUGAUCAUUGUCCGUGGGGCAUCCUAAGGCCCUUGUGUUUUCUGUACCCAACCCCGCCUCCUCCUCCACACAGCCCCUCCAGCGUGUGCCAGGUGCUAUGGGAUACAGCCUUAGCCAGCCCUGUCAUUAUUUUAAAUUAGAUCUUUGUUUGUAGGUAACUUUCCCUGCCCGUUUUUCUGUUACUACAUUUUUCUAUAAGGUUAGAAGCCGGAAAGGUUGGUUAGCCAUUAGUGUGAAUAGGAUAUUUUGAGAAUCCCUUCUCAGUGGGGAUAGCAGGGAGGCUAGGCCUGCUUUGAUUUACAAAAGAAAAACAAAAACUGGGGGGGGGAAAAAAAAACAAGAACAAAAUCCCACCUUUUUAAUUUUGAUUCGUGUCCUUUUUUCAUUUCAUGUAUUUUUUUUAAAGCAAGUUCAAUAGCUUGUCCUCUAGAGUUAAAAACCUAAAAGACCAGAUUUAAAGCACUCAGUAGUUUAAAUGGAAAACCACACACUUAAUAGUGGACUGGUGUCAGCUCAUUUUGGAGUCACUGAAAUUCUGUGAAGGCCUGGGGCCAGCAGCCCUCUGGCCUGACUGAGCCCUUCCAUCCGGAGCCCGAAUGGUUUCCCUUUGAGUUGCACGGCUCAAGGUUGGUGUCUCUCAGGUGGCUAGCGCCUGCUCCCGGGUACACCGCAGAACAUGAAUUCCUUUAUUGGGUGUUCGAGAACUUCCUCCAGUCCACCAAAAUGCAUGCACUGAAAGUAUGCUUUUUUAACAGGUGUAUUUCUCCUAUUCCUCUGAGUUCUAUUGUAUCCCAUAUAUGCACUUUGGGUUUGUAGCAGUGACAAUGUUUGGUAAAUAGCUGAGGACUUUGUUACAAACCAUGAAUGUCUUGUGCUUACUCUCGUAUGCAAGAAACAAGGAGGUGCUUUAAGAAUAACUUUAGUUAUAUUGUGGUUUUUUGUUUUUACUGCCUUUUUCGAAGAGUUGCAGGUACAGUGGGGUCUGGUUCCACAGUGCAAACUCUAAGCAAGUAUGCUUCUCUCCAGAGAUGGCUUUUAAUUCUGUAAUAAUUUAAUUACAUAAAAGUUCUCAUUAUCAUUUUACCUCUUUGUUAAUAGCAAGAAACUGCUGUCUGCUAGAGACUUUUCAGGUACAGUACAGUGGGCAUUACAUGAGGUUUUUUAUAGUCAUCUGGACUAAAGUGUUUUUAGCGCUUUAGAGAAGCAUUAGAAGUACUCCAAAGUGCUGUGAUUUGAUUUUUUCUUUUUUUAAAGUAUUCUAUGAGGAAACAGUUUACCUUUUUCAAAGAACUUGGUUCAUUUUCUCUCGUGCUUUUUCCCCCUCUCCAUAGGCACUUUUCUCCAGUUGCCUUGGACACCGUGCUGAUACAGGCAUUUAUGAGGGAAAGAGGGAUCUAAAUCCCUGUUGCUCUGUUUUACAACUGAAUGGGGCUUGCAGCUAGCUUCUGAACUGAAGUGUAAAUCUGAAUAUAUCUAUUUACACUUUACAGGCCCUAAAAUGUAAUCUUGCACUUAAAGCCGGAAUGUAAUCUUGCACUUAGCCACGUUUUCAGAAACUUGGGCAAUGUAAAAGCGAUGCUGCUUUGCUCAGUAGGUCUUCCAGUGUCUUCCUGGGCAAUUGUUACAGGGCUGAGAGGCAGGUUAAUUUCUGCUUCAGCUUAUGUGACAAAAAAUUCAAGUUCAAAACGUAGACUAGGUUGCUAGUAGUACGUGGAGGAGAUGUCUUGAAUGUACUUUAUAGACAGAGCAAUCGCUUUUCAAGUGUGACUGUGCUUGCUCUAGAUUCACUGUCUCAGAAACAUGAAAUUCAGCAAUAUUGCUCUCCAUAGUCGCUCUUCAGAGGAGUGCCCCAGUUCAAAUGGUUUUUUUUUCUUCUUGACAAAAAUGAGUAGAUCUUUCCCAACCAUCGUGGUGAGCUUAAAUGUGGCAGAAUAUCCUCAAAACAGGUUUUAGUGUUACAGCUACUUUUCUUUCUGAACGGAAACGUACAAGCCUCAUCUAAUGCUCUUAAAUGUUCGAGGGUGAAAUCCAGGAUUUCUGGAUUGUCGUCCUUCAAUGUGAAUGUAAUAGAUUUAGAUGGCAGAAUUCAGCUGUUCUUCUUCCUAUUAACAAUGAGAGUUUUUGGAAAUGACACCAAUAACGCAAAUAACUGUAUGUUGUAGAAGAUACGGCGUAUUUACCACUUACUGCAAAGAAUGUCUGUUUUAAUUGCAGCAGGUGUCUAUGUUGUGUGUGAGCAUGUUAUCAACACUGCUGCUAACUCACUUUAAGUGUUUCUUGCAUUUACAGUGAGUUGUCUCAUUGCAUUUGACGCAGGUCGCUUGCAAGUGCCGAGGUUUAAAGGAAAGCACCCUUUAACUUGAACUGCUGGGAGUUCAAAUCUAUCCAAAACCAUGAAAGAAGCACUAACCUUGUUUGUGUUCAACACUUAAACUUGCAAAGAACAGUGCUUGUUAUGCUGAUAUGCAGUAGACACCUGUUUUUUUUUAAACCCACAAAACUUGGGGUCGACAUAGCUUGUCCAAAUUUAAAAGCAAAUUUCUUUUGACAGCUGGCUGGGGAGGUAUGGGAACCCCUUUUGGAAAGAGGUUUCCUUUCCAUGGGUGCACUCCCACUGUUUCCUUGUAAAAGAGCAGUGGUUAUAUUUGCCACUGGCUUUUAUGAGUCAAAAUUGUGCUGCACCGGCGGGUAACACGGAGCAGGCGAGGCUGUAUUUGACUCCAGGUUUUCUGGUUCUUUAUUUAAUGGAGUACCUGCUUCUUUAAAUCUGGUUUAUUUGUGGUUGCUGCUCUGAUUUGUAAGCAAGGAUUUUAACACCCUUUGAGGGUACUUAAUGUCAAAACAUAGUUGACUGGCAACAUUUUUUUUGCCGGCACUUAGUCACAUGCUGCCAUCAGGUCUAGUACAGCUUUGUCGGCUGUGCUUUUCUCUUAGGCUAUGAAGUGCGCACCAUUGGAGUAACUGUCCACUAAAAGUCGUCUUGGCCAGGGCCGAAUGCAAGUAGAAGUCCAUAUGUAAUACCACUUCUGUAUAGAGCAAAACAGAUGUAGCAGACGUUAGCUCUCUGGUUAUAUUUGGCAUUAUGUUGCUCUAGUAAGAGCUGCGGAUUUCUUCAAAUGUGUGCAGCUGAUGUUCCUAUAUUUCAUUAGUUACAGUUUAUUGAAUUAGUGUGGAAAAAGGAUGUCCUUUUCCUGAAUCAUUUCAUAGUUGUGCUUUAUGCUUUGGGGGGAAAGAACCUCAAAUGACUCAUGCUUCUGUUUAAGAUUUUAGGUUUUUUAAUUGGAAACUUUAUGCAACUUCUUUGGCUGCUAGCCAGUGGCUUUGUUUGCUCUGGUCUAGUGUAUGGUCCGCUGUUCACUGCCGCUGCGGUGUGAACGUUGAGGUUACCUUAAACUACAGAAAUUUCGGGCUCCUCGGUUACAAGUGGCGAUGCAUCCGUGUGAGCAUCGUAGAGGGAGAACGGAGUUGCGUGUCAGACUGACAGAUCGGUCCUACCCUCUCUCUGUUUUUAAAAGGCUGUUUAAGGACUGAAGCUGCUUUGGAGACAACCUGCUCAGCCUCCUGUGGAGGGCAGAGAAGAGUGUGUAGAUGUCUUGAAUUGGUUUGGGAACCAUCUGGUUGAUGGUAACUUGAGAUGAAAGUACUCAAGUAUUAAUGGGGAGGAUGAGUGAAUCAAAAUUGUGAAGAUAGGCUCGAAUAAUCUGAGGACCGGGAGAAAGUUGCUUGGAAUGUCUUAGUUCCUAGCUUUGCUCAGAAAAACAGUGUUGAGAGCAGGACUCCUAGUGAGUCUGCUGUGUGCCUCUUGAGCAGAAACAAGAGUGGAAGAAAUCAUUGCCGUGUGACUAGAGUUUUUGGGGUUCUUUCCCCCUUGCCUCCUUUUCUUUUUUUUUUUUGACUUUCUGUGGGUAGCAGCGAAGGACAGAUAUUCCAAUGAAAUGUAAACUUAAUGAUGAAAUAAUUUUUGUAUUAGGCUUAACGCAGACCAUAUUGUUCUGAGGAUGGUUAAUUGAAUAUUCAACUUCAUGCAGUUGCGUUUGUGUGAAAAUGAUGGAUGAGAAAUAUUACUUGAAUGGUAACAAUUUUAAAUUUUAUUAGGUGUGUCAGAUUUGACCUCUUCUGUACUAUUGGAGUUGUCUGCUGUUAGAGUUAUGCAGCAAAACGAGAACAAAAGCGAAACUCGUAACACUACGCUUCGUAUUUCUGUUGAUAAGUUGCCUUCAGGAAGUGUUCUUUGAGGAAAGUCAACUGAAUUAUUUAUAGUUCCGUUGGUUUUUCUCAUGGUUAAUUAUUUUUGAUGCGUCCCAUUAACUGUUAGGAAAGUUGAAUAGUCAUCAAUACUGUAAGCCUAGUUUAACAUUGGUCCAAAAACAACCCCUGCACUACUUGUUAUGCAUCUAUACAUAGAAGGUGACUUCAUUUCAAGGUUUUGUGCCCGUGGGUGGUAUUGGUGCUUUUUGAAGUCCAAGUAGAAUAUUCGGAAAGGCCUUGUAGUUCUCUUAUGUUCAUCUGUAUAAUGUCGGGAGGGGAAAAUCUGUUGUAUACAUUUGUAUUGAAAUAACAUUUUCUUUCCUCCUGCAAGCAAAGCUGGUGGACUGCAGAAGACAACCGCAUGGGAUUCCAAGCUCUAAUGGACCUUUGGGAAGAGAAGCUGUGGCUUGUGUGGAAUUUACAUGGGCCUCUUGAUGGAAGAAAGCUUAUCUGUUUAGUAUUUGUGCAUUUUACUAAAAUGGCAGCUUAAAAAAAAGUUGUGUAUCUGCUAUUGUGAUGCCAAUGCCCGUGUUUUAAGUGGAAAAAAAAAAUGACCUCUUUGCUUUGUGCUGUGUACACAAGAUUGCUGGAAAAGUAAAGGAAUACCCUUUUUAUGGCUCACACAGCUUAAAAGUAGCUGUCACUCAAACAUGCGCUCACAGUUGAGCUGAUUUUGUUUCAUUCUAAAUAAAUUGUUUCUUUUGAGGAAAA